CCGGCGCGGGGGCGGCGGGGCGCGCCGGACCCGCGGCGGCGGCGGCGGCCACUGGGAUGCAAGUAUGGACAUAAUAGCCUAUGAUGAUUACUCCAGUCCACCGCUUCAGAGAUAUUGAAAGGACACCUGAAUACCUCCAGCCAGAAAAGUGUGUUCCACCUCCUAGCCGCGCUUCCCUGGGAACAAUGUGGUUUAUUCGAGAUGGCUGUGGUAUUGCAUGUGCUGUCGUUACCUGGAUGCUGGUGUUCUAUGCCGACUUUGUAGUCCUUCUUGUCAUGCUAGUUCCAUCGAGAGAUUAUGUUUAUAGUGUCAUCAAUGGCACACUGUUCAACACCUUGGCUUUCCUCGCUUUGGCUUCACAUUUUCGUGCUAUGCUGACAGAUCCAGGUGCUGUACCCAAAGGUAAUGCCACAAAAGAGUUCAUCGAGAGUUUACAGCUAAAGCCAGGACAGGUGGUUUACAAGUGCCCAAAGUGUUGUAGCAUCAAACCCGACAGAGCACAUCACUGCAGUGUUUGCAAGAGGUGCAUUCGGAAAAUGGACCAUCACUGCCCGUGGGUCAAUAACUGUGUGGGAGAGAAUAACCAGAAGUACUUUGUACUGUUUACAAUGUAUAUAGCACUGAUUUCCCUGCAUGCCCUAAUCAUGGUGGGAUUUCACUUCUUGUACUGCUUUGAAGAAGACUGGACAAAAUGUAGUUCCUUCUCUCCACCAACUACAGUGAUUCUACUCAUCCUCUUGUGUUUUGAAGCUCUCCUAUUUCUCAUCUUCACCUCAGUUAUGUUUGGGACCCAAGUACACUCCAUCUGCACUGAUGAAACGGGUAUUGAGCGGCUCAAAAACCAAAAGCCAACGUGGGAGAAGAUCAGCGGCUGGGAAGGAAUGAAGCUGGCGUUUGGAGGUGCCUUCUCCCUGGGUUGGUUCAAUCCCUUCUCAAACCUGAACUGCGAGAGCCCAGUGCCUGCUGAAGCAGCUCCUGCGUCUGAAAUAAUGACCCAAGAAGAAAUCGAGCAGUUUCUGGCUCGAGAUGUUGCCAUCCAAAUGUUGCGUGAAUAAGCAAAGCGUCCUUCUCUUCCAGGAGAAGCUUUCAGGUGUUCUUUUUAAAAAAUAAUUACUUGUGCUGGAGAUUUAAGGGUUGUUUGUUAACGUACUUUCUGGUGCAUUAAAAAAUUCAGGAGUAUUGGUCUGGAACAGACGCUACAGCACUAGCAGAAGCAAUGCAAAUCUCCAGAGAGAGCUUCAUAAGUGAUGGGGUUCAUAAGCUCCUUUCAGACCUGUGGCAGCUGCUUUAUUGGUCUUUUCUUACAUGGCAUUUAAGGACAGUUUAUAAUUGUCAGAUAGAUUGGCUCCAGUUCCCAGAAAUGUGCCAUCCUAGGGAGUCUGGCUAAUCUUUUGUUCUUACAGCCCUUUGGAAGACUAAAUGUGUGAUGGCAAGAUUAGCCAGCUCUGAAGGUUUUCUGGAAAAAUGCAUCCUCUUUAGCCCAUCCCAUCCCUUGGCUCCUGCUUGUGGGUUAUGAGUGUUGCUAAUGCACUGGUCUUAGCAGAGGUGGGAUGUAGGGCUAUGGAUCUCACCCUGGGUGUGAUUUCUUUGGGCUCUGAAAUAUCUCCAGGAGUUAAUUUUUACCUUCUGUGUGUGUGAGAGUGCCCAGGACUGGUGGUGCUUGUCGGAGGUGGUGGUGGGCUUGUGAUGGUGCUGGCCGGAGCAUUGACCCAUGGCCAGUGCAGCCAAGAAGGAGCAAGUGUUGGCUGGGAUGCUGAGCUGCUGGUGCUGGUGGGGGGAAGCUUUUCCCCGGGGCUGUGGUUCAUUGGCAUGUAAGAUGUGUGGAGUGGGAGCUGCCUGGCUGAGCUCUGCAGCCCAGGGAGCAGGGAAGCAGUCAAGGCCAGGUCCCAGGGCUCUUUUUGCAGUGAAAGAGAGGGUGAUGUGAGCACCCUGUGAUGGAGGUACUACCUCUUUCUGUUUGACUUAUCUAAUUUAGAUGUUUCUCUUUCCUUGGUAGCUGGAGUUGGUGGAGAAUUAAUAGAGCCUCCUAAUCUAACUGGGUCUAACAUUGUACGUGCCAUUACUCCAGGUUUCCUCUCACUGAUUUUGCAGCCAGUCCCUGGGGAAUGCUGGUGACCCUGUAGAAGGAACACCCAUCACUCAAAGAGGGCAGUC